AGCUAGAGCUCGUAUAGAUUGACAGCAUAGCUUUUUCAAUGUAAUCUUCAGAUACUAUUUGACGAGGUUAAGUCUCUCCUGAAGAAGUAGGAGGUAGACUAAUACCAGACCUACCGUUUUGGCGAGACUUAACCUCGUCAAGGCUCGCUCGCUUGCGCCACUGGCCUCCUCGCGCAGUGUCUGGAGGUAAGAGGCGUUCGCGCGCAGAUGAAAGUGGAAGCUCAACCCGCUGCUGACCCGCCGAGAGAUCAAACCUGCUAAUUAUUGUCACAAGAUGAGGGAUUAACGCAUUUCUGAAAUAGCUGGCUGUUUAUCCACUCCAAAAACCUCUACAAUAAACACUUUCUAAUUGAAUCCUAAUCGCUAUCAAAUUGCAAAUGCCCAGACUCCACUGAGAAUCAUACAUCUUUAAUUGCCUGCCUGAGAUCUUUCCAAACAGACUUGAACCAAUAAGAUUAUAACUGCAUUUGGUUUACAUUGUACUCGAAGAUUCAGUUUUAUUAGAUUAAUAUCCUAAGCUUAUAUCAGAAGUUCAUUAUUAUUCACCAUUGGUUGGACUAUACACUGUUUUCCUUUGUUAAACAGUGUCUAUAAUUUCUCAAAUAAAAACAAUUAAAUAAAAACUGUAAAAACAAAUGAGGCAACUAUUUGCAUCAGAUUUCUAAGUAUUUUGAACUCAUUUAAUUUGUGUUUGACUUAAUUUGACCUAAUUUAAGUAAUUUCAACUAAAUUUUCCUUAUAAAAACAACUAAAAUACUAGCAGAAACAUAAUUCAACUGAGUAAGCACCAUGUUUAAAAUAACUCCAGUGAACACACUUUAAUUUGACAUGCAUUAGUCAUAUUUCACUGUCUGUUUUGCUUUUUUUUUUUUUUUUUUUUGCAGCCUUUUGUUUGUUGUAAAGAAACAAAUCCGUCGAUACGUCGUCUAUUAUUAUGCAUUGUCUAUUAAGUUUAAGUUUAAGGUUAGGUCAAGUUAGGGAUGCUCUAAUAGAGAUUUUAAGCCUAUAUUAGAGCACUAUGGAUGAGGGAAGAUUGUUAACUUCUUAUAGACGUGGCAUUUAGUUUGGCCAAAUGAUCCCUUGUGUCAUUUAUUUGUAUAAUUUGACAACUGAGGUGUAAUUUACCAUUUGUGCUGGAGAAGGUUAUUUUUUUUUAAUUCGACACACACAGACAAUGUAUAGCUCAGUUUGUGAGGCCUACCUCUCUUCAACAUCAUCUUGAAAAUCAAAAUAUGAAUCUAUUAGACCGGGAAUAUAAUAGGAUAAUUGUUGAUAUCUCAGUAGGAGCCAGAGCUGUUGUGCCACUUUGUGAGCUAACAAGACUGUAUGGGCAAAGAUUUGAUUGGAGGCUCGCCUGGGCAUCACGUGUCUCGGGACACCAGAGGUACUAAAGCCCCUAGGCCGUGAGCGCACGUGGGUGACGUUAGGGCCGGCCCUCUCCGGGGUCCCUUUUGUUGAACUAUCAAACAUAAGCCAGCUCCCGAGGGCUUCAGAACAGUGUUAAGACCACUGUGUACUGCGCAAGUCCUUGGAGCAACGCCAUCAGUGUGGUAUCACUGUCACACCAUCAGCAUCUCACGCAGACAGGAGCAAUCAUGUCGAGGUCUUUCUACGUAGACUCUUUGAUUAUCAAGGAUCCCGCGCGUCCGGCUCUGAGCGAGCACACGGGGCAGGACUUUCUCAUCCCCAUUGGCAUGCACUCUCCCGGCGUGAUGAGCGUCACUGCGCCCGUUUGCCCGUCCCGGAAGACCGGCACCUUCUGUGUCUGUCCGCUGUGCGUAACCUCGCAUAUCCACUCUCCCCGCGGCGCAAUCCCACUGCUGAAGGGACAGGGCUUCUCCGCCGGUGACGCGGCUUUCUGUCAGAGGGUAGCACACCAACAGAGCCCCGCGUUAGCGCACCCGGGACACGGACAUGCGCCUGUCUGCACGCCCACAAGCUACAGCGUCACUGACCCUCGGAGGUAUCACUGCCUGUCUCUAGGUGCGUCUGACAACAGCCACAUACAGAACGGCAAACGGAUGCGCACUGCCUUCACCAGCACACAACUGCUUGAGUUGGAGCGCGAAUUCUCAUCUAACAUGUACCUCUCCCGCUUACGCAGGAUCGAAAUAGCCACAUAUUUAAAUCUGUCAGAGAAACAGGUGAAAAUAUGGUUCCAGAACCGCCGCGUUAAACACAAGAAAGAAGGCAAAGGUACGCAACGGAGCGCGCAUGCAGGAUGCAAAUGCUCGGGCAGCCACUCACACUAUCCGCGCUCAGAAGAUGAAGAAUCCCUGUCACCUGUAUCAGCCACAGAGGAGAAGGAGACUUCACCGAUCUAGGAGCGUCACGAACAUCAUAGACUUAAGUUUGGUACCUUACAUGGCACAUUUAAAAAUACGGACCCUGUUUUUUGGGACACUGUCUUCCGUCUUUAAAUAACCACAAAGUGUGGAGAUUUAGCUACUGCCAAUUUCUUCCCACUUUCCUUUCAAAGUAUUGUUUUACCCUGACACUCAAGUCAGUUGUUUGUCUUAUCUAUACCACAAAUUGUGAAAUAAUAGUUGUUAUGCAAGUGAUACAAUUCAAUAACCUUUUACAGUUUGUUAAGUGAAACUUUUCUUGAAACGACCACCUGUAAUCUAUUCUGUCAUCCCUGUUCCUUUUAAGGAUAAAUGUUAGACAAAUGGAGAAGAUAAAAAACUCCCUGUGUGAUAUUGUAAAUAUGCAGACUGUUAAUCCAAUCUGUCCUAGACUACUGAGAAGCUGUUAUUUUUUGAAUUUUAUGUGCCUAUUAAAGAAAAUGUGUAUAUUUGUAUUUAUUUAAAUAAAUCACAUCUGUAACUACA